AAAAACAAAUUUGUAUCGAAAUUUUCUGAAGAAAAUCUUAGGAAUUGAAGCAAACAAAGAUGCCUUUGAAAAUGGCGGACGCAACCUUAUCGACCUUCAACACCGUUUUCGAGAAAUUCAAAUCCGAAGCACCAAACAACAAAAGCAAUCUCAUCUUGUUCUUGGCUGAUAUCGAACCUUCCACUAAUCUCAGUUGGUGCCCUGAUUGUGUGCGAGCUGAACCAGUUAUAUACAAAAAACUGGAAUCAUCAAGUGAUGACGUGGCGCUCCUUAGGGCUUAUGUGGGAGACAGACCCACGUGGAGGAACCCACAGCACCCAUGGAGGGUGGACUCCAAGUUCAAGCUGAAAGGAGUCCCAACUCUAAUCCUUUGGGAAAAUGGUGAGGUUAAAGGUCGCCUUGAAGACCAUGAAGCCCAUAUUGAACGCAAGAUUGAUGCCCUAAUUGCUACCAAAUAAUCAUAUGAUAUCUUCUAAGUGUUUCCAAUAAGGUUUUAGUUACAUGACUAAUUAUAUGUUUAGACUCUUCGAUGACAGUAAUAAUAAUGUAUUGAGGUUAUGAUAUCCAA